AUGUCACGACAAAAGGGUGCCAAUGAUGAACCCCAAAGUGAUGAUAUUGGUUGGAAAUUUGGAACUCAAGUUGAAGGCACUAGACAUCAUAUUAUUUGCAAAUUUUGUGGACAUCACAUUAAAGGUGGGAUUACGCGUUUCAAACAACAUUUAGCACAUCAAACAGGACAAGUGCAUUCUUGUCCUAAUGUUAGUAGAGACGUGAGGCAAGAAAUGAUGAAACAUUUACAAAAUAAGAAAAUGAGUAAAGCAGACAAACAAAAGAGAAAAGCUGAAUUGGAAGCACAUAUUAAAGGAGAUGAUCUUUAUGAUGAGGAUGAAGGGGGAGAUUUUGUAGAUCUUCGAGAUGAUGACUUUGACUCUGAUCCAGAGAUGACUAGGGCUCGACAAGCAAGUAUUCGUUCACAACAACAAUGGGAGGAAAGGCAACAAUUUAGACGAGGUGUUGCAGGUCAUGGAUCACAAUACGAUGCAGGUAGUAGUUCUGGUGCAGGGGGUAGUGGUCAAAGAUUGCCUAAAGGGUCAGGUAUUGCUAAUGUUUUUCGUCGAUCACAAUCCGUGCGUGAAACUGGUGGGAGUGGACGUAAUUGGAUUAAGCCCAAUGCUUCUGAAACAAGGUUGAGAGCAAUGGAUGUAGAACUCCAAAAGAGCAAGAGUACAAAGCAACGAAAAAUCUCUACAAUGAAUUUACAAAAGUUAAAAGAGAGAUUGGGACGGGCAGUGUCCAAGUUUAUACUCUAUAAUCGUAUUCCAUUCAAUGCAGUUGCUUCAGAGUAUACACAACCCAUGCUUGAUGUUGCUGCUGAAGUAGGGCCAGGAGUAAAGGGUCUUAGUGCUUAUGAAGUUUCUGAAGUAUAUUUGGGCAUGGAGUAUGAUGAAAUGACAGAAUGGAUAGGAUCAUUUAAGGGAAUUUGGGAAGAGAGAGGUGUAUCCAUCAUGUGUGAUGGUUGGAGCAGUCUAACUCGGCAACACAUCAUCAACUUCUUAGUGUACUGCAAUAGAGGUACUAUAUUUCACAAAUCAAUUGAUGCCUCUAAUAUUGUUAGUAAGACUGCUGAAUAUUAUUUUGGGUUGUUAGAUAAAGUUGUUGAUGAAAUUGGAGAACAAUACGUUGUUCAAGUGGUAACUGAUAAUGAACUUGCAUUGAAAGCUGCCGGUAAAAUGUUAAUGAGAAAAAGGAAACAUUUAUAUUGGACAGCUUGUUCAGCACAUUGUAUCGAUCUCAUGCUAAAAGACAUAGCCAAUAAGAAAAGUGUAGCAAAGGUGAUUGAAGAUGGUAAAACCAUCACCAAUUUCAUUUAUAAUAGUGGAUGGGUGUUGGAUUUAAUGAGAAAAUUCACUGGAGAUAGAGAAUUGAUUCGACCUGCCAUCACUCGAUUUGCUACAAAUUUUAUUGCCAUUGAGAGUAUUGUUAGAUAUAAACAACAAUUGAGAGCUAUGUUUAAUAGUGAUGAGUAGAAGAAUUCUAGAUGGGGGAAGGCAAAGACUGGGCAGCCUUACAAUGUGAAAAAAUUUAUUUUGGGAAAGGAGUUUUGGCAGAAAGCAACAGAACUUUGUAAAGUUCAUGAGCCCCUAGUCAGAGUAUUGAGGUUGGUUGAUGGGGAUGAGAAGCCAACAAUGGGUUUCAUAUAUGAAGCUAUAGAUAGAGCAAAGUUGGCAAUUAAAAGAGAUUGUCGCUACUAUACCGACUAUUGGAAAAUUAUUGAUACUCGAUGGUCUUUUCAAUUGCAUCAAGAUUUGCAUGCGGUUGGUAAGUGUUACGAUUUCAAUUAUAAAAUGUAUAUUUAUUUACAAUUAUUAAUUGUCUUCUUAUUUUUGAAGGAUAUUUUUUAAAUUCUCAAUUCCAAUAUGGUGUUAUCUCAUCCAAUGAAAUGAUAAGAGAAGUGAUGGAUGGACUUAAAAAAGUCAUUACCAGACUGGAGCCUGAUAUGGAUGCUCAAGUGAAAGCAACAAAUCAAUUGUUGCUGUUUCGAGAUAAACAGGAAACUUUUGGCACUCCUUUAGCGCAAAGAGCAUGGAAACAAUCAAAUUCAGCUGAGUGGUGGAUUAUUCAUGGCAGUUGUGCUCCUGAACUUCAAAAAAUAGCUGUGAAAGUAUUAAGUCAAACCACUACAUCAUCUCAUUGUGAACGUAAUUUGAGUACUUUUAGUCUCAUCCAUACGAAGACAAGGAAUAGAUUGAAAUAUAAGAAAAUUCAAAGAUUAGUCUUCAUCACCUAUAACAUGAGAUUAAAAUUGAGACAUGUUAAAAGAAGCAGCCAAGAGGAGAUUGAUAGGAGUUUUAAUCCUAUUAACUUGGAUUAGAUAUUUGAAGAAGAUGAUCCAAUAAGUCCAUGGAUAGAAGAAAGGAAAAAUCCUUUACUAGAUGGUGUGGAUAAUUCUGAAUGGCUAGAUUUGGUCUCAGAUGAUGGUGGUGGUGGCGGCGACAACGACAGCAAUGGCGAUGGCAGCGAUGGAAACGGUGGUGGUGGCACCCAUAGAUAUCAAGCUCGACGCACUUCUCAAAGCUCAACUCCUACUCCAACUCAAAGUGAUAAUAAUGGUGGUUUAACACCAUCUGAUGGAGGAGGUGAUGAUGGUGAUGGUGAUGGCACUUCUCACGGUGACGGUGGUGGCGGUGGCGGCGACAAUGGUGGUGAUGGCGGUGAUGGUACUAGUUUUGGUGCAGGAAGUGAAGAUUUUAUUGGAGGAUUUGGAUUAUGUGAUGUUGGGGAACAUUAUGAUAUUGGAGAACCUGUUGCACCUUUACCCCAACUACCUAGGAGGUUUCGUGGUAGUGAUACCCGUAGGGAUGAAAGAAGAAUAAGAAGUAGAGAACAACAGCUUGAUUCAUCUGAUAGUAGUCAUAGUUAGCCAUAUCACCCUUAUCCAUCCUAUAGCACUGAUAGCCAGAGCUAUCCUUACCCACCUCAACAAAAUUAUCUUUGGCCCCCUCAACAGCAUGGUCCUCUAGGAUACGGUUUGCCAAAUUAUCAACAAACUCAAGAAGGGUAUGUUGAUCCUUUUCAGCCAAGGUAUCCAUUUUCUCUCCCAAUGCAUGAAACAGAAAGGGAUGACAUGAUGAGCACAUUUACUUAUAUACUUCCUACUGGAUGGACUGAA